AACCGUUAUUGAAAUAAUACGUUGGAGAAUUCAAUUUAAAUUGCGUUAAUUAAAUAAAUGUUUUUAAUGCAUAAAAAACUUCAAGAUAGAUGUACAUUUUUUUAGUCAAGAUUUAUUAAAAUAAACGAUGAAUAAAGCAAUUAUUAAAUUGUUUGAGAAAUCUGGCGAUAUCGGGUCACAAUCUAAUUUAUUAAAAUUGCUUAAAGAUAAAUUUGUAAAUGCAACUUGGGUGGAAUUUGUUUCGCCAUUUUUAGACGCGAUUAUGUCUGUUAUUGUUUCAGAUACUAAUAUACAUUGCACAGUUGUAAAUAAUAUGAUUAAAUUUGCUGCGAGUGGUGUUUCUGUUUUGGCUGAACAUACAACAAAGGAUGGUCGUAAGGGCUUACAUUUGAUAGCAGAAAUUUUUCGGUUGUGCCGUAAGUAUGGUCGAGUAAAAGACAAGAAUAUCAGAUGGAGGUUUUGUUUCUUUUUGAAUCAUUUAUUAAGUUUUAUGGCUGAUGGUGCUGUGUUGUCUGUUGAAUUGUGUGAUGUAGCUACUCAACUCUUGCUAGAACGGUUACAGGAUAAAAAAUCGGAAAUUAGAGCUCAAGCUGCUCAUGCUUUACAUAGACUACAAAUGCCAGAUAAUGCCAACUGUCCAAUAGUAGAAAAAUUUAUAUUUCAUAUGUCUUGUGAUCCCAGUGUUGAAGUUAGAACUGCAAUUGUUAAAGAAAUUGGUAUGUUCAAUAAUGUGGUCAAUGAGAUGCUAAAAAGUACAAUUAAUGAUAUAAGUGAUAAUGUCAGAAAAGAAGCUUAUAAUCGUUUACUAGAUUAUCCUUAUCAAAGUUUGUCAUCUAAACAAAGACAAAUUAUAUUAGAAAAAGGUUUAGAUGAUAAAAGUGAAAAUAUUAAAUGUUUAGUUCAAAAAAGAUUGUUAGAUUGCUGGUUAGAAUCUUGUGGAAAUGAUUUUGUUGUAUUUCUUAAAAGAUUAAAUGUAGAAAAUGAAUCAUUAUGUGAAAAAACAUUAAAUAUAAUAUUUGAGUCUUACUAUGAUAGUCAAAUUUUAGAUUUAAUGGAAGAAUAUAUAAACACAGAGACUAGAAUGAUUGAUUAUGGAAAUCUAUCCGUAGAAAAAAUUUUCUUAUGGAAGUGUGUGGCCAAAUAUUUAACUAUAGAAAAGAAAAUAGAGUUAGCUAGAAAUAAAGGUUUUGUUGAUGAUGAUUAUGUUGACGUUUUGCUACCAGAUUUAGCUAAAUUUUCAGAUUAUAUUCGUGAGUACCACUUUGUCUAUCCUUCUAAAGAUAAGGAAUUUGUAUUAGUACAGUUAUUAGAUAUGGCUAGAACAUUUGCAAUUGAUGACUUUGGAGCAGCAAGUUUGAACAAAUUGUGUUCAGAUUUAAUACUAGAUGAUAAAACAAGUUUAGCUCCUAUUAAACCUAUAUCAGUAUUACUAGAUUUUACUUUUAAAAAUGGUCAAGAUAUUUUAAUUUAUAUUAAAGAAAUUUUGAAUGAAAUACAAAGCCGUACAAUUGACAUGUAUUCAUUUAUUGAUAAAGUUGGUAAAAAAGAAACAUUAGAAAAAGAAUUACUUUUAAAAACUAACAGACUUGAAGAGUUGAUUGAAAAUGAACCAACAACUUCAAACAAUGUUCAAUUAUUAGUUUCAAAAAUAAAAAAAAUAAAAAAACAACUUAAAGAAAUAAAUGUAUUACCAAAAGAAGUUGUAUUGGUAGAUCAGGCAGCACAAAAUUUACUUAAAGGUUUUGAGUUAGUUUUUCAAGUACAACAGUUAUCUAAAGUAAGCCUUGAACUCUCUUUACUAACUGAUAUUAUUCAAAAUAUUGUAGUAGGAUACUUAGAUUGUUCUGAAGUUAAUAUUAGAAUGGCAGCAAUACGAGCUUUAUCUCCAUUUUUAUUAGCAAAUAAUCCUAAUGCUGCAAAAGAACAUAUAGCUACUUUAUGUGCUGAAAUAUCAAAUUCCUCAACUGAUCGUCGUCUAAUUUUUAGAAUAAUUUUCGAAUUGUUUCUGUGUUAUGAUCUUAAGACUUUUGGUAUAGAAAAAAACUUAGAUAUCUAUGAGGAGUAUGAUGAUGUAUUUUACAUUUCAAAUGUUCUUCCUCUUUUGGCUAGUUGCAUUGAUUAUGAUGUGGAUGAUAAUAGUUUUAAAUCAGUUGUUGUAAAAGGAUUUUGUGAUUUAUUAAUAUUUAAAAAAGUAAAAUCAAUUAACUUGCUUUCUAAGUUGUUAAUUAUUUGGUUCAAACGAGUAACUCGUGAAUCAUUUAAUAUUUCUAAUGAUCUUGUACAAUUUUUUACCUCGUAUGUAUUUUACAUUCGCUCUAGCAGUAGUACUCUUUCAAAAUGCUAUGUUCCAGUAUUUAAAGAAAUUGAUGAACAUAAUUUGAUAGCGAAAUUGGGUAUAAAUCCUGAAGAAGUUAACUCAACUUUGAUAAAUAUUACAAGAGGAUUAAUGUUUAAAAAUGAAAAAAUGGCUAUUAAUGCCCACAGUGAACUGGCCGGUUAUAUUAUGGAAUAUUUGAUGGAAGAACAACCAUAUUCUGCAAUGCUUGUAGAUACUUUAUGCAAAUUGGAGAUUAUAUUUGAUAAUGAUGAAGAACAGUCAAAUGUAUUAAGCACAAAAGUCAAUCGAUUAAUUAAAUUUUUAAAAAGAAAUGAUGAUAAAAAUAGUGCAAAAUACUUAAAAAAAAUCAAACUAAAAUUCGAUAAAAUUUUAAAUAAAGGGAUAUCUUUGGUUAAACAAAAGUCUAUUCAAAAAUUACAAAACAUUGAUAAUUCUGAAAUUCAAAAUGAACCACAAGUUUUAGGUGAAUCUUUGAGAGAGCCAUUUAGUUCUCAAAAUCAAGAUAUUAUUGAACCGCAUAGUGAUUUAUUUUCUCAAGAACCAAUAUCUCAGGCUGAAAGUAGUGAUGAUGAAAGUGUUGAAGCAUUUACAAAAUUGGACGCUAUGAAAAGAAUGUCAGAGAUAUUUAAGAGAAGUUUCAAAGCUCAGGAUGAAACAAAUGAAAUUGAAAGUGAUUAGCAUUAAUAACAGGUAUAAGUAAUUUCUAAAAAAGUUAAGCUUUAUCAAUUUUUUUUUUAAUGACUACCUAUUUAUCAAAUAAAUGUAUAUUAUAAACUUGUUAUCUUAAGUUUUAUAUUUUAAUAAUAAAAUUAAUUUAUAGUUUUAAAAUUUAUUUAUACUGCUAAUUAUUAAUAAUAAAAAAAAAACUGUUAAGUAUUUUUUAAAUAAAAUAUUGGAUCUGAUGGUUUUAA